AUGGGCUGUGGGGUGUCGACGACGCAGAAACCGCAAAGGGUGGAAUAUUAUAACUACAAUGUCUUCGAUAAGAAGGAAAAGAAGAGGGACAAGACGGUGGACGAGUUUGAGGAGCGGACGAUGAAGCCACUGCCCGAGAAGACCGAGUUUGAGAAAAAGUUUAAGUGUGGUGCACCGACGUUUGUCAGUGAGGAUAUCACGCCCUGCUUUGAUAAUGGACUUCUCUACCGUAUUGUGAAGGACGAUGUAUGGGCGUUCUACAACGACACACGUAACUACGAGAUGCACGUGGAGUUUGCGUUUAGCCGGUCCUCUCUGAUCCGCGCACUGGGAAGCACGAAGGUGAAGCAGGUGAAGAAAGGCGCGGGCUACGUUGCCGUGGCCGUCGUGUAUCCCACAGAGACGGUUAUGUAUGUGAAAGGGUCUAUUAUCAGCUUUAAGAGCAAAAUCAAGGCUCUUCCGUUAUCAGAAGAAUACCUGCAGGGGCGGGUGCGCAUGUAUGGGCGGAUGGUAGAAUUGGAGAUGAAAGGGUUGCGGGAACUUUUGGAGGGAUUUCCCACCGACGAUGCAAUUCUCGCGGAGUGCGUUCGACAGACGUCACCGUUUAUUGACAUUCACUUUCCGCCCAAUCAGGACUCUAUUACACGUGGAUCCAACCGACCCAUGAAAACCGCAAUUUGGGCCCGCCCACAUAUGUAUCUUCCCGACACCUACUCUUCACUGGUGCGUAUCUUCCGCAAUACGAUCAGCCCAAUGAGGGUGGACUCGGGUGAGUUGGGAGACAGCUGGCUGGUGUGCGCCAUUGCCGCCCUCGCUGAGUACCCAGAGAUGGUGCGAAGCAUGUUUCAUCAUCCACGAAAGCCAGAGCUGACACCGGAGGAGCGGGCGCUUGGAGCAUACCGGGUGACGCUUAACAAACAUGGCUGGUGGAAGAAUAUAAUUGUGGAUGACUACCUGCCCGUUCUUGGUGGAAGGGCCAAGUACGCCGGAUCGCGUGAUGACCCGUGUGAGAUGUGGAUUUCCAUCCUGGAAAAGGCGUAUGCCAAGGUGCAUGGCAGCUACGCAAACAUCGUUGUCGGGGAUCCACUGCUUGCCUUGCAGGACCUCACGGGCUAUCCAACCACCCGCUACGAUGAAUCUUUUGCAAGUGAUAUGCAAACAGGCGAUACCGAGUUGCUUGAACGUCUGGAUCGCUACAAUCAGAGUGGGUACUACAUUGGGCUGAUCACGCCUGUUAGAGAUGUCGCGAACGAGGAGAAGGAGAACUUCUAUAAGGAGGCAGGCUUGAUGAUGGGUUAUAUGUAUACGGUUAGGGCAGUCCGCCGUUUUACAGAGGAAAAAAUUUACCUCUUGCGGAUUUGUAAUCCAUGGUCAGCGGCUGUGGAGUGGAAGGGAGACUGGAAUGCCAAUGAUCCCAAGUGGUCGGAGCACCCACACAUUGCUGAGGUCUGUGCGCCGGCUAACUUAGAGUCUGGUACCUUCUGGAUGUCUUGGAGUGACGUCCAGCGGUACUUCGACGGUUGCGGUGUGGCGUUCAUCCGUUCAAAGGGUGUUGAUUACCGCAUUCGAGGCAACUUUGUCCACGGUGUUCCCGACUUCUGUGUUCAGCUCACCGUGAAGAAGACGAUGCGCAUUGGAUGCAUGCUCUCCCAGAAGGAUCGUCGUGGCACAGAAAAGGCGCAGGAUGAAUAUCCGCCGAUCAUGCUGACGCUAAGCAGCGGUCGCGGUUCCCUGGACACCAUGCAGGUGGAGUGCAACUCCAACCUGGAUGUGGACAACCCCAGCAACCAGUUCACCUUUAUGCAGAGUCGCGACGUGGGUAUGCUCUGCACCCUCACCCCGGAGUGCUCGCCGUAUCUCCUUAUUCCCCGUGUGAUCUCGGACGAGGCCGCCGUGCCGUACACCCUUAGCCUUUUCUUCGAUGACAAGCUCGGGGGCAGCGUCAAGGCAGUGCUCCAGGCGCUUCCCCCAGACAACCAGGUCUUCGCCAACUUCCCCUCCUUCUCGGGUAAGGGCACGCCCGUGACGGCGACGUUUCAGGUGCACCGCCCCGACACCGGGUACCCACCGAAAUACACGAACAGGGAGCUCACGGAGAGCACGAAUGCGCCGAAGGAAAACAAGAGGGUGACGAAGGAGCUUACAACGCAGCCCAUUACGAACGGAAGUGCCGUGUACUCCUAG